UAUAGCCCAAUUUCACAAAUUACAAAUUUGUCUCGGAGUGCUUUACAAUCUGUACACAUAGACAUCCCUGCCCCAAAACCUCGCAUCGGACCAGGAAAAACUCCCAAAUAACCCUUCAGGGGGAAACAAAAAAGGGAAGAAACCUUCAGGAGAGCAACAGAGGAGGAUCCCUCUCCAGGAUGGACAGGUGCAAUAGAUGUAAUGUGUACAGAAGGACAGACAUGUCCGCGUCCUCCAUCUACCAACUCACCUGUGACCUGUAUCGUGUGUGAAAUCAGCAGCCACACCGCAUGUCAAAUGUUUAGGGAUGUCUGGAUAACAACAUCACGUGGUGCACGUCUGAAAUCAUAGACUCGCGAUGAUAGAGCGGCAAUUUCCAUUCACAUCCACACUUUGUGAAUGGCCAGGUCAGCGGCUGCUUCCUCCGAAACGACUUCCAUAAACUGUUUGUCCCCGUGGACAGAGACGCCCCGGCGGCUUUAGAGACAGCCGUGCUCCCCCCCCCCCCCCCGUGGAGCCGGAGGCGGGGGGCCUCUCUAUCCGCUGCAGCUCUGUGCUCUGAAUCCUCUGCAGUCUGCAUCGGCGAAGCGUCUUGGCAUCACUUCUCCUUCCCUCGGUGUCAUGUGAGACGGGGUUCACGGUGGUCUCUCUCUCGCCCUAGAGCUGGGCCAGCGCCUCCGUCAGUGCCGUCGUCCUCAGCCCCGGUCGCCGUGUCCCGGUGGGGUAGUGUCCCCGUCCCCGCUGUCCUCCGCUGUCCCUGGUUCAUCCCGCAUCCUUCGGCGUGCGUGCGGCGGAGGAUGAGCGAGCAAGGGAAGGGCUCGGCGUCCGCCUCUGCCGCGGCCCCGGCUCCGGGCUCGGACACUUACAAAGGCUGGCUUUUUAAGUGGACCAACUAUUUGAAGGGAUACCAGCGGCGAUGGUUCGUGCUCAGCAACGGCCUGCUGUCGUAUUACAGAUCGGUGGACUUGUGUUUUAUGAGGAUAUGUGCUCUGGGGACUGACAGGACGCAGGCGGAGAUGGCCCAUACGUGCCGCGGAACGAUCAACUUGGCCACGGCACACAUCGACACAGAAGACGCCUGCAAUAUUGUCCUGAGCAGUGGCGGCCGCACCUACCACCUGAAGGCCAGCACAGAGGUGGAGCGACAGAGAUGGGUCACGGCACUGGAGUUGGCUAAAGCCAAAGCCAUCCGCAUGAUGAACGAUCAGUCCGAUGACUCGGGGGACGAGGAGCCGACAUCCCAGUCGGACCGCAGCGAGAUUCAGGGCACGCUGAAGAUACUGGUCAGCAAGCUCGAUGACCUCAGCACGUGCAACGACCUGAUCGCGAAGCACGGGGCGGCCCUGCAGCGCUCCCUCAGUGAACUCGAGGGGCUGAAGGUCCCUGUGGAGGGAGGGGAGAAGAUCAAGGCAGUCAACGAGCGAGCCACCCUCUUCCGCAUCACUUCCAAUGCUAUGAUCAAUGCGUGUGGAGACUUUUUGGACCUAGCGGAGACUCACAGCAGGCGAUGGCAGCGGGCGCUGCAGUAUGAGCGGGAGCAGCGUGCCCACCUAGAGGAGACCAUUGAGCAGCUCGCCAAGCAGCACAACAGCUUGGAGCGAGCGUGGAGAGCAGCCCCCACGCUGGUUUCCACCUCGCCCAGCGCCCCGACCACCAAGAAGGGGCGGAGUGAGAGGCUGCACAAAGAAGAGGUGAGUGAUGAAGAUGAGGAUACCGAGUUCUUUGAUGCCAUGGAGGACCCUGCAUUCAUCACAGUGACCGCCACUGAGAACACACAGCACAGGCGUUCUCAGAGUAAUUUGAGUGGAGCCAGCGGAGGUCAGCCCAAUGACUGGAACCAGGACGAUCAUAUGUCUCCAAGCUGUAAUGAUGUGUCAGGGAAAGAGCUUCAGCCUCGCAGACAGAGGCGCACACACGUCCCAGACAAGCCCAACUACUCCCUCAACUUGUGGAGCAUCAUGAAGAACUGCAUCGGCAAGGAGCUCUCCAAGAUCCCCAUGCCUGUGAAUUUCAACGAGCCUCUGUCGAUGCUGCAGCGCCUCACUGAGGACCUGGAGUACCACGAGCUCCUGGACAGGGCGGCGCGCUGCGACUCCUCCCUGGAGCAGAUGUGCCUGGUCGCUGCUUUCUCCAUCUCGUCCUACUCCACCACGGUCCACCGGACAGCCAAGCCCUUCAACCCCCUCCUGGGAGAGACCUACGAGCUCGAUCGAAGGCAGGAGUUCGGCUACCUCUCGCUGUGUGAGCAGGUGAGCCAUCACCCCCCUGCAGCUGCUCAUCAUGUGAUUUCCCAACGAGGCUGGACCCUGUGGCAGGAAAUCACUAUCGCCAGCAAGUUCCGUGGCAAAUACCUCUCCAUAAUGCCUCUGGGUGCCAUUCACCUGCAAUUCCACUCCAGUGGGAACCAGUACGUGUGGAGAAAGGUCACCUCCACAGUGCACAACAUCAUCGUGGGCAAGCUGUGGAUUGACCAGUCGGGGGACAUUGAGAUCGUGAACCACAGGACCAAGGAGACCUGCCAACUCAAGUUUUCUCCCUACAGUUAUUUUUCCAGGGACGUUCCACGGAAGGUGACCGGCGUAGUGUCAGACAGUGGGGGUCAGGCCCACUACAUCCUCUCUGGUACGUGGGAUGAUAAAAUUGAGAGUGCCAAGAUCGUUCAGAGCAGCCGAGGGGGCAGCGGGUCGGAGGGCAAGCAGAAGACGGUCUAUCAGACGCUGUCUCCCAAGCCGCUGUGGAAGAAAUACCCUCUCCCGGAGAACGCUGAGAACAUGUACUACUUCUCAGCGCUGGCACUGACCCUCAACGAGCAGGAGGACGGAGUGGGACUGACCGACAGCCGCCUGAGACCAGACCAGACGCUGAUGGAGGAAGGGAGAUGGGAUGAGGCCAACGCAGAGAAACAGAGGCUCGAGGAGCAACAACGAGCCGUGAGGAGGAGGAGAGAAGCGGAGGCCUCCGAUGCUGUGGAUGAAGAGUGUGAGUAUGACUCUGGGAAAGAAUACGAAGGCUACCAGCCGUUGUGGUUUCACCAGAGGAGGGACUCCGUCACCGGGGAAACGAACUUUGUGUACAAGGGAGGUUACUGGGAGGCAAAGGAGAGAAAGGACUGGAGCAUGUGUCCUCACAUCUUCUAACCCGGGAUCACACCUCACCGCAUCGCACAGGGAACCGCUCUGCCUCUGGCCCUUCAGCACCGUGUGUGAGAAUGUGUUCGGUUCACACACUCUGGGAUUACUCCGAGAUGUACGCUCUCACUCUGUGUUCACGAUGGGGGAAAAGACGUCUGACACGAUACUGAAACAGCAGUGAGGUGAUGUGAGUCGGUGUUGUGUUGUGGCAGCGCACAACAAAAGGCAUCUGCACACUCCUGAGAUCAGGCGAUCCGUAAAUCUUACUCACAUCGCACUUUUCUGUAUUCACCCGAUUUAAGAGUUUUUACCGAUUGGACAGAAACCUAUCAAAGCGUCUGGAUUAUAGACGGGCAACUAACAGGGACAGCUUCACAACAGGCACAUAGAAGCAGAAUACUGUGUGUACACGGUGUUUCAGGGGUUACUUUGAAAAGUGUCCUCAUACUUUGUAUUAUUCAGCACAAUUGAGAUUAUGCCAGACUUCCUUCAUGAAUAUUACAUUCGUUCCCUUGUUUCCUUAAGGGAAUGAUUUCAAGUGCUCAUUAUUUUCCACUUCAGAAAGAAGCUAAAAAAUAAAACUGGUGACUGGAAAGGUAUGCCUGUUAGAUUUGUGUUAUCAUUAAUGCCGACACAAAGUGAUCAGAAAAAGACAUUUAUAUCGAUAACUGCAGACUAAAUAGGUAACAUAACCUGAUAUUUUGACUUUUUAAAGCAUACGUUAUUUUGUGCUGCUUAUUUUUGUGGCAAGUCAGUCUUAUUACUCAAAGUUAUUUAUUGUGAUCCUAUUUUAUAAUUCCUUUUUAUACAUACGGUUUUAAGACGAACCGUGUGGGAUUGGCUUUGAUCGGAUUGAGCUGACAGGAGAAGUGUCAGAGAGAAAAAUGACAAACAAAUAAAACGUGAAACAUAAAUACACACUUUGAAAAAAAAGGACACAAUGCAAAAAAUUAACCUGGCCCGUAAUUAACUCUGUUAUGAAAAUAAGCGCGACAAAAAAACAUUCAUAAUAACGAGUUGUGUUAAAAAAAACAUUCUCAUUCAUGGUUCUAUUAUAUAUUUUAUCGGUAUUUAUCAAUUUGAUUGUGAACUGCAUAACGUCUUAUUACGAUAAUCUGUAACAUGAACAACAGCUAAUAUUGGAUAGGGCGAACUAUCUUUCAUCUAGUUGGUGUGAAUGUUGGAGUUUCCCUUCAGAAACUAGAGCCUGUGAAGUCAACUAGACGAGAGUCCAUAUGGAGGUAAUUCAGAUUAUUCAUUUCCUAUGUUGAAUAUGAGUUGAAUCUGUGCUUCAAUGCAUUUUAGUCGUCUCAAUAUGCUUCAGACAUCUUGUGUUUGUGAUUCUGACGACUUAAAGUCUGCAAUCGGCCUCGUGAGGCCUGUCGUUGAAACACCCGAGUGCGACGACAGUCACACAUUGAAUAUCCAUCCCUCUGAACGAGCACGUUGCUCUGCGGUAGAGCGUACAUGAGUACGUCUGUUGAUGUUGAGGCGGCUUCACGCCGGUCAUGCCCUUGACCUCGUCCCCUGGUGCUCUCCAAUAGCAGAGCAUACGAUCCUCGCUGACCAUUUCUCAGUGACCGUGCAGAAAUACAGGAAGUCUGCACCAAAGACAUUUGGUGAGUGCCACCCGGUCCACACACAACAUGUUGGUGUCUCCAGUGAGCCGUGCACGAGCUCCACAAAGUACAUCCGCCACUCGUUUGAGGCUCAGAGGUCUCCAGGAGGACUGCUUGCUGUACGUGAGGCUGGAGCCAGAGGUCAAAGGUUAGAGAAGCUGACGGGGCUGGUUCCUGUCGCACACCUCUGCAAUCAGCUCCAGCCACAGCUGACCCCCCCCCCCCCCACACACACACUUUCAUUCAGUGUUUGUUGACAUGCUGAUCUGGGAUCAGCUCAUGAAGGUACCCCUCAAUCUUUUGCCUUCAAUUGACUGAGCAAGACGGACCCGUGCACUACAUGUCUGCGGAGACGAGAGUUUUGAAAACCAGUUGGUAUUCUUUUGUAAUUAUUAUUAGGGAUGUAGAUUUCAAGGCUGGAGGUAUUGUAUCUACCAUCUGGUCUAUUUGUGUGAAUAUUUUGUGAUAAAAGAUUAAUAUUGUAAAAUGAAGAAUAGUUCUGCUAAUCUGAGUGUGAUGUGAUGUGCAGUCCGAACCUGAAAACAAAUUGACUGAAGAGCCUGAAGGAUUUGCAGUCAUUUUAACUUUUUAUCCAGAUUGAUUCUGAGUGGAUGUUAACUCCUCGGCAACUUCAACCAAACCUGGCUGCAGAUGUUUUAUAUUUAAAAAAAAAACUGUGUUAAAAGACUGAACAUAUUUUUUAUAGAGUCCUUGAAAUGAGCACAUUGGUAACGGUGGUUCCGUGAUGGUUCAUAGUUCAACACAUCUGGCCGUUCCCCUGAUGUGCAGCAAGAUGUACACAAUGCACUGGAAAAUAAAGUGAAUAUCAUCAGUUAAUAAGAUCUGCUAAGAUUCUUUAUCUGUGAAUGAAUGAUGAUGGUUUGAACACUCACUAAAGUCCAGAAUGACGGGCUUAAAGAGUCAACGUAUUUGGAAAGAAAGGUAUUUACUUGUUUUUGUCAAAGUGAUUCAUUUCGGCUGAAAAAUAGAAUAUGCUCAUUUCCCAAAUGUAAAGCUGUUUGAUAAUUACUGCUCUGCUUCUCUUAUCCAUUUCUUAAUCAGAAUGCAAAAUCUAGUCCCGUGUACAACGAUACGAGCUGUUGAUGGAGGCGGUGUACACUGCGACAUGUUUGGAUGGACACUGUUGCAGCAAGAGGUUUCAUUCUUGCCAUCUUGAAAGUUGUGGUCAAAUCUGUAUCAUGGCGGAGAAGAAAUUGUACAAUAAGAAAGUCGGUGUGUGAUUUCUUUUCUUAGCGAUCAAUUUGAAGUUACUAGAGAUUAACUUAAAUAUAUUGCGUUUGAGAUGAUUUUAUAUUUGAGAAAACGUGUUAUAUUUUGAAGGAUGACAGCGAGCUCACCAUAAGUUCCAAUCGGUACAUUUCCAGAUCACAUGACCUCAGUGCUUGACACCGGGCAGCUGCAGCAAUAACACAGUGACGUGUCGUGUUCGCUCAUGGCUGUUGUUGCUGAAACCAAACAGCUGUGUGCUUCAUGCCGAAGGGAAUAGAAACAACCAAAGUGUAUGUGGAGAGUAAACUGUGGACUCAAAAUAACCUCCUCACCUGCCUUCCCUUCCUGGGAGGGUUCGACUGGAAACCCCCUCUCAUUGGCUCUCGUUUCAUCUCACUUAACUCACUAAGGUGUGAUUCUUUUGAAGCGUAAUUUGUACUCUUUCAUUUUCUUCUACCUUCUCAUGGGUGCCAUUAUUUUUAUGUUGGUGUCUAGUUUUUAAAAUACUGUUUCUAUGCACAAUGAGCUCGAUGUGUGUGAACGCGAGGCGCACACUUCCUCCUCAUUCGAUGCUGCUCGUUAUGAAGAAGAAGCACACUUUUACGUUAUGGGGAGAUGUUCUUGCCUUCUCCAAGUUUAACCCGGUUUCUCCUCGGACUGUGACCCAUGGCUUUGUUGUGAGGUGGUGAUGUUAACGAUCGGUAUGAUGAUGAAGGUUAAGAGACACAUCACAACAGUGGCCUGGUACUAGAGGUCAAAGGUGAUGGACCUGCCUUGACUACUACUCUUACUUCCCAAAUACAUGUAAGUCUUUUCAGGUGAAACUGCCGAUUCAACUGAGGUUUUUUUAAUUUUAUUUUUUAUUGUGUAUUUUCUCCCUUAAUUUGUACUUGUAUAACAUUGUCUUUAAAAGAACCCGAUAAUGAAAAAUGAAGAUAAUAAAGUUGUUAUUGUUGACACUGGA